AUGCUAAAGAGACAGAUCUGGAUAGAGGCAGUGCUAAAGAGCAAGAUCUGUAUAGAGGCAGCGCGAAAGAGACAGAGCUGGACAGAGGCAAUGCUAAAGAGACAGAUCUGGAUAGAGGCAGUGCUAAAGAGACAGAUCUGGAUAGAGGCAGUGCGAGAGAGACAGAGUUGGACAGAGGCAAUGCUAAAGAGACAGAGCUGGACAGAGGCAGUGCUAAAGAGACAGAUCUGGAUAGAGGCAGUGCUAAAGAGACAGAUCUGGAUACAGACAGUGCGAGAGAGACAGAGCUGGGUACAGACAGUGCGAGAGAGACAGACUUCGACAGAGGCAGUGCGAGAGAGAUAG